UGCUCCUCUGCGCAUGCGCGGUGUUGUAAACAGUGAUGUCAGACGUUUCGAAGUGAGAUUUGGGUACGUUGGAAUUAAGAACUAUUGCGAUGAUGUGCAAUGCAUUUAUAUCAGUUGUUUUAGUUGGAUCGUAUAGCGGAAGCAUUUAUCUAUUGGGAUUUACAAGUUUCGUUGGCGUUAUCAUUGUUUAAUCACUAUAAAUCACACUAUCCUGCAAAAAUGGAAAAAGACGUAAACGUAAAUGACGAAGAGUCAUCUAUGUCGACUCAUGAUGAUGACGAUGAGAAGGAGGAGCAGGAGGAGGAAGAGGAGGAGGAGGACGACAAUGAUUCAGAUAACGACGAAAACGACGUUAGUGAACCAUCGAUAUCAAAAGGUCGUCGAAAACGGAAAAACGAUGCCGAGCCGAAACGCCUGUCUGCAACGAGAUCAACAUUAGAUAGAUCAGCGAGUUCGGACACUGGUGAAGCUCCUACAGAUGGUGUUGAAAAGACUGGUAAAGGAAAAGAAAAGUUGGACAUGAGUUUUUACAAAUUAAGGUGGUUUACAUUUAGAGACUAUAAGGUUAAAAAUGUAAACGAAGUGAUUAAAGACAAUUUCAACAACAAAUUGUCAUUAAAAUGGACGGGUGCAGGCGAUGCAUAUGGUGGCUUUCAUAUCCGUCUCUAUCGGAGAAAAACAUGUGGACCCUCUGCAAAAAUACUGCCCUCAGUCGAAACGGAAAUUAACAUCAAACACAAUGAUCUCAUGUUCUACUUCACAACAGAUAUCAACCCGACACAUGCGUUCUGCUUGUGUUCCGGACACUCAUAUACGCUUCUAAAUGGACACACGGAAAGUAAAUUCAACAAGACAAUGGCAAAACAUUUCAUGGAUGGAAAUUGUAUAACAUCUAAAAAGGCUGUUUGUAUAGCAGGACCCUCCAUUUCAGAACAACUGACAUUUUCACCAGAAGCCGUGCUUUUAAUAAGCGGGAACUACGAGAAGAUUAUCACUGGCUUAACUGCACGGAUACGCGAGGGAACAAAGUUGGCGAAGAUAAUUUGUAAUGGCAAGUCUGUCUUAAUGACAUUAGGGCUAAAGAAAUUGCAAAUACACAAGACGUUAGAUCUAGAAACGUUCUCGCAUGUAUUUAAUCUGUUUAUUGAGGCAGAUACAAAUCCAUCUCUCUUUCCUUUUGAUCCAAUACUAGUUGCUGCACUAGAUCACGCGGAAUAUAUUGGGAACCCUGUUCAGAUAAAGAAACUGGAAGACAAGCUGAUGGAAGAUGCACAGAAUCAGAAUGAGUAUAAACGAGUUUACCUGAGCCACAGAAAGGUUGAUGAUUGGGCUCACUCCUCCGAAAUCGAGCUUAUGCAUGGUAAAAACACAAUAGAGCGAUUCACAUCAGCACCAACAUUAGAUGCAAUGCGUGAAAAUUGGGAACAUCCUUUUGAUCAGAUUAAAAUUGCCUUCACAGCCAAAGACAAAACAAAGGUGAAAGGGAAGCUAAAACAAUUUCUACAUGGUAGGACUAUGUGCGACAAAACACAGUACCACAAGGUAGCAGGAAAAUGGUAUUGGCUGUCAGCUCAAUAUCAUGGACUGUUGACAAACAGGAUGUCUAUAUUUCUCAAAAGUCAUCUCAUCAAGCAUGAUGAAACUGGGUAUCUUCCGUUACCUUGGAAACCCCAAUCUCUACCGAAGAUCAGCACAACAUUUGAGUUCCUAUCCCAAAUUACACGUGAACAACUUUUUCCCUUGUUGAAAAAAAAGGUAAAGUAUCUGGAUCAAGACGAGAAGUCCUGCCUAAGAGGUCUUAACUGUAAAUUUAUCAAAUCUAAUCGUAACGGUGUCUUUGCAGAACUUAAAACAUGUCUGAGUCAACCACUACACAAACCUAAUACAGUUUUACGUAUGAUGUCUGGUUUAGAGCACGCAAUGAUGGUAUCAGCAAAAGAAGGACAGCCACUUGGCGAUUGCAUCGAAUCAUGCUCGAUUGAAAAAACGGAAAAGGGGGUCCUGAAAAAUAAACAGAAGGAAAUAGUUGCGAUUCUUCAAAAAGAACGGAAAGUCAUCGUUUCCAAUGAGGUUGUUAGCCCUAAUGUGCCUGAAGAAUUAUCAAAUCAUAUCUUUGAACAUUUACCAAAUGGCAUAAAAACUACAAAAUGUACAACGGAAGUUAUAGGUAAAGAAGUCCUUUGCUAUCUCAGAACGUCAUGCAAACAAAUAGAAGAGGACGAUUACAAUGAAACGUACCAAUCCAUUCCUGAAAAAGACGAUGGAUCAUUUUAUAUGCUAGGUGAUCGAGUACAAGGAAAAAGACUUCCAGAACUAUUUGAUGUAUUAUACUACAAAGCUGAAGAACCUGCCAAGCUGUACCUGUACCACGUCAAAAAAGGAUUUGGACAAAUGACCAGGGAUGCAUGCUCUCAGAUUAGGGUAUCAGCAAACCUUCUGUGGCACGAUUUGAUGGACUCCAGUUCCACACUACCGAACGUCAUGAAAUAUCGAAAACUUGCUCUUGAAUAUAAAGAUGACGGUAUUUGUAGAAUCAUGCUGAAACGGGCUAUGGAAGACAUGCCCAUUGACGAGUUUAAAUCAAUGUUUAGGGAGGUUUCAGAAAUCGUGUAUGUGUAUGCGUUUAUGGAUAAAGAGAAAGAAGACGGUUACCUGGACAAUGUCUCAAGUAUGAAGAAGUUAACAGAGGAGAGUGUAGGUGUCAAAGAAUUCAAUGAACUGAAAAAGGAGGGUUAUGUCGACAGAGACGGAACAUUGACAGACAGCGUCUUCCUGACAACUAAAGAAUCAUUCAUGAAACAGAUGAAGGGCAAAUUACCAGGUAAAAGAUUGCAAGAAAUAUAUAAUAAAAUGUCUGAGCAGACGGAGCAAAUUCCAUCGACGAUAGCACAGGUAGAACUGACGACCCUAGCCGAGGAGUUCACCAAGUUCCAGUGUUCUGCUCGGCGGUUUUCUCUCAAAGUAUGCCAGAUUUCAACGUGCAACACGUAGCCUCAAACGGACGAAUCUGCCACAGACUGUCCAUUUACAAACGGUUAUAAAGCUUACUUAUACCUGUUAAUGGUGUUUUCAAUUUCCAUUUGAAAUGUGCCUUGUCUUCAAAAACAAAUUUCAAACUUAAGAAACAAACACAAAAUAACUAAAAUAGUUUGAGCCCAAUAUGGAUAUGGACUAAGGGCUGUGUCAUGUUUUGUGAAAUUUUCCAUACAAGUUCUCCCAUUUCGAAUCAAAUAUGACCAUGUUUGUAUUGUUUUCUAAUUUGUUUCAAUAUUGUUGCAUACUGUAACAUAUUGUAACAAUUGUAGAUUAAGUACAAUGACGAUUGCCAUGUUACUGGGCGUGAUAAUUUUGGAAGAAUGCAUAGUCAAAACACUCGUGAUGCUAUUCAAUACAGCUUCUUUAUACACGUAGCAUUUUUACUAUAUGCGUGUUCUGUAUGUGAGGCACUGAAUUAAAUAUUAGGCAUAUCAGAAAUAUGCAACACAUUCUUGUGUUGACACCUUGUUACUCAAAUAUUAACAGUUUUUUUAAAGUUGGUUUUUAUUUGUACAGCGCAUGUGUACCACACGAACGAAAACAGCGUGAUUUGGGCAAUGUGAUCAAUUACAAGAGGAACACACUAACAAAAAACCCCGACUGAAAUAGCAUCCUGUCUUCAUAAAUACAGCAGCUAGCAUAUUUCUAUUAAUGAGCAA